UAUUCAUUGAAUCGAUUUGUAGCUGAUGAAUUUUAUUUUUGCAAAUAAAUAUUUAAUGUUUCAUGAUUACCGACUGUAUCUGUAACCAUAUAUUGCAGAAACGAUAUUUUUUGCACAUCUUACGUGUGCUUCGAGAAGGCUCGAGUUCGUGUAUAAAACUUGCGUGUAAAACGCGAGGUACGCGCGUGAUAUAAUACAUACGUAACUUUUUUCCAGCAACAAGAAUUUAUGAACACUCUCGCGCUCACGAUUUUGUACUUUAUGAGGAAAAAGAGUGAUCUAGGAAUCACUAAUUUAGUCAGAAAUAUGCACAAAUGACAUUGCGACAUAAUCUUUUGAGUUUUGAGUUUAGAAAAAAAAUAUCAAUUUAAUGUAACAGAUUAAAAAUACGUCACUCUUGUUAGUGAUUUAGGUAAACCAUUCGUACGUUUAGAUAAAAUUAAAUGCACGUUAGAAAUUAUUUUUUGUUACUCGAAAUCAGCAGCACGACCUUUCCCCCGCCCCUCCGAUUUUGCGUGAAUCAAUAGAUUUUCUUUCUGUAUUCUUAGUUAAGUCGAGUUAUUUAAUUUGCAGUGAUGAUGUUCGACGUACUUUUCAUAAGCAAUUAUUUUGUAAUACUUGUAUGUAUGUCAUACGCAUAAUAAUAAUCGUAUUGUGUAUGUAGUAGUGAUGUUGGUGACUUUGUAGCGUCGUCAGGCACAUGGUGGAAGUAUACUUCCACCAUGGUCGGACACUCAAUUCUUUUUUCGAUAUCCUUUCAGAGUUUGCCGUUGCCCUUUGCUAAAAUUGAAGUUUUAAUUAUGGAUAAUUUAUAUACACAAACGCUAUGAAAUAAAGGGUUUUGUAAAUUCAUACUCACGACGACGUAUUUAAUUUCUGUAAAUAUUUCGCACAUAAUUUCGCGCUCGCGUAAAGCUGUUUUACUUCUUUUUUUGUAUGCGAUACUUUGAAAUGACAGAAAUUGAAUUCUAGACAAUUUCAGCGCUAUAAUUAAGAGUGCACAGAAGGGAUUAACCUUGCCAUCUUGUAAUUAUCCACGAUAUUGAGAGAAUGUUGAAAAUAAAAGAAUGCAUCAAACGAACUUUUCUAUGUCGGAUGACGAGUCGAUUGAUGAGGUAUACGACAGUAAUGUGAAGGUUUUUGUGCGAAUUCUACCACUUGAAAAAUCGUGCGAUUCUUGCGCAAAGAUCAGUACGGAUGGUAAGACGAUAUACGUGAGAUGCUUGCAAGAUAUCCAACGAGACAAACAGUCAAGACAUCCUAUUUAUUGGGCCUUCCAUAUUGAUGGGAUAUUUCACGAGAUGUCCCAGGAUAAGGUGUAUUGCACUACUGCGAAAGAUCUUGUAAAAAAAGCUUUAGACGGCGUAAAUUGCGUACUGAUCGGCUAUGGACAAACAGGAUCUGGGAAAAGUUUCACAAUUGGCGGUCUCAGAAAUAAUUGGGAACAUAGAGGAAUAGUCUCGCGACUUUUAUCCGACAUGUUUAUGGAAAAGGCGAACCGAAGAAAAAUCAGUGACAUACGUUAUCGUUUAAGUUUCAUCGAGCUGAGAGGUAAAAACGUAAUAGAUCUUCUGACGCAAAAACGAAGGAUUUUUAACGUCAACGAACGCAGUGUCUUUAAGAAUGUAAUUAUAGUAGAUGUAGAGAAUGAAAAAGAGACUUUGAAAAAAGUACUUGAAGGAGAAGGCAGAAGAUCAAUUGUGAGAAGCACAAUAUAUCCGGUAUCACAUUUAGGUGCUGCUGUGAUCACUAUUCACGUUUCAAAUGCGAGUUUGAUAAAAUCGCAAGCUAUCGUAGCGACAGCAAAAAUACAUAUCGUAGAGAUGGCUGGAACUGGUACGGUGGGAAAAUCGAGUUGCCGGAAAACAGCAGCCGACUUAGGUAUGGCGAAUUUAAUGAAAAUGCAGCUGGAACAAUAUUUUUUGCAUCUUAGAAAAUCAAGUAUGUGCACAUAUAGCGUUAUUCGCUCAAGUAAUUUGCUGAAGCUACUGAGAGAUGCUUUCACUGUCACAUCUAUCAUUCGCUUCAUAUCUCACGUGCGCAUCACGAGAGAAGAUCUCAGAGUCACUUUGUCGACCAUGCGACUUACUGCUAAAAUCGCAAAACUGAAACCGAUCAAGACAAUACGUCACAUCCAGCCACGGAUAGAAUUGAUCGUGCAACGAUUACAGGAGCAAGUAAACACAUUGAAGAAGGAAUUAGAAUUGAAUGAUAUGUUUUUACAUCAAGAAGCACUAUCGAACAUCUCAAAAUCUAGACUCGAGCAGAUCAGCCGAGACGUUAUAAAUUUUUUGCAGGGUUCCAUUCCGGAAUUAAUACUUUUCAAUGUUACCCAGGCGCGAGUAUUAGUAAACGUCGUCAAACAAUUAUACGACAAAUUGCUCGCGAAAGAAGUUGAAACGGAAAACUUGAAAGAAGCGUACAACAACGUGAUAAUGUUAUCGCAACCAGAUGCUGCUUUGUCCUCAUCGUCAUUAAUUUGACUAUAUCAUGAUGGUAUG